AUGAGCCGCAGCACCAUGUCUAGGGCUGCCCCGAGCGACCAUGCAUUCGCCUCGGCCUCGUCGUCGUCUCACUCGCCCCCGGCGUACACGCCGCCUCCCUCGGACGGCCGCGACGAGCUCGACUUCUUGGGCGACGACGACGGCGACGACGACGACGACGACGAAGAAGAUGUCUCGCUCGCCCGCCAUCCAGGCGACGGCGACGUCCUCGACGACGACCCCACCGCCGACGGCUUGACCGUGCCGCUGUCCUUUAAGCGCAAGCCGAAGCCGUCGCUGCUGUCGGCGCCCUCGCGAUUCUUCUCCCUCGCCGCCCGCUCGCGGCGCCCCGACCUUUCGUCCCCCCGGCGCCAGCAGUCGCCCGCCGCCUCGCAUGGCCUCGGCCCGGCGGCGGCCAAGGAUGGACUGCCGCUCGACUGGCACACCGAGGGCCCCGGCCGCCGCGUCGGCUACGAGGACCUGACGGCCAUUGACUGGAUCUUCGAAUAUACAAAGGAGCGCCAGAGGCUGCGCGCGCUGUCGAGCGCGAGCGGUCUGCUCGGCUACUUCAAGCACCUGCUGGAUGCCAGCCAGGUCUGGAUUGUCCUGGUCCUCACCGGCCUCCUCGUCGGCGCCAUUGCUGCCGUCAUCGACAUCACAACCGACUGGCUGGCCGACCUCAAGCUGGGAUUCUGCUCCAGCGGCCCUGAGGAGGACACUUUACCUCAACAAGAACUUCUGCUGCUACGGAUACGACCAGGGCUCCAACUGCCUGGGCUGGAAGUACUGGAGCGAUGCCUCGGCGUCCAUGGCGGCGGCGGCAAGUGGGUUAUUGAAUACUUCUUCUUCCUCGUCUUUCAGUACGUCACUCUGGCAUACUGCGCUGCCCUGCUUGUUCAGGAGUAUGCCAUCCUCGCCAAGCACAGCGGCAUCCCGGAGAUCAAGACCAUCCUGGGCGGCUUCGUCAUGCGCAGGCUGCUCGGGACCUGGACGCUCGUUACCAAAUCGCUCGGCCUGAUUCUAGCCGUCGGCUCUGGCAUGUGGCUGGGAAAGGAGGGCCCGCUUGUUCACGUCGCCUGCUGUUGCGCAAACCUCUUCAUCAAACUCUUUGGCAACAUCAGAUACAACGAGGCUCGCAAGCGAGAGGUGCUCUCUGCGGCCGCCGCAUCGGGCAUUUCGGUUGCGUUUGGCUCCCCCAUCGGCGGCGUCUUGUUCAGUCUCGAGCAACUCUCGUACUACUUCCCGGACAAGACCAUGUGGCAGAGCUUCGUCUGCGCCAUGACGGCCGCCGUCGCGCUCCAAGCCUUGGACCCCUUUCGCUCCGGCAAGCUCGUCUUGUACCAGACAAAGUACAGCGUCGACUGGCACGGCUUCGAGAUUGUCCCCUAUGCGCUCCUGGGCAUCUUCGGGGGCGUGUACGGCGGCCUCUUCAUCAAGGCCAACAUGGCCGUCGCGCGGUGGAAAAAGGCCACGGCCUGGCUGCCCGGGCCUGUUGCGCAGGUGUCGGCCGUGGCGCUGUUGACGGCCCUCAUCAACUACCCCAACUUCUACAUGAAGGUGCAGUCGUCGGAGCUCGUGUCCAACCUCUUUGCCGACUGCGCGCGGGUCCUCGACGACCAGGUCGGCCUGUGCAAGACGGGCGCUGCGUCGGCCAGCACCAUUGUCCUGCUCAUCUUGGCCGCCGUGCUGGGCUUCCUGCUCGCCACAAUCACGUUUGGCCUGCAGAUCCCCGCGGGCAUCAUCCUGCCGUCCAUGGCCAUUGGCGCCCUCACGGGCCGCGCCGUCGGCAUCGUCAUGGAGAUCUGGGUUGCCAGCCACCCGGGCUUUAUCGUCUUCGCGUCGUCGUGCGCGCCCGACACCCCCUGCGUCACGCCCGGCACCUACGCCAUCGUCGGCGCCGCGGCGGCCCUCGCCGGCGUCACGCGCAUGACCGUGUCCAUUGUCGUCAUCAUGUUUGAGCUCACGGGCGCCCUGACGUACGUGCUGCCCAUCAUGGUGGCCGUCAUGCUGUCCAAGGCAUCGCCUCCUCACCACCAUCCUGCACAUGCACCCCUACCGCGGCUUCCCGUCAUCUCGGACCCGCGCGACGCCGUCCUGCUCGGCUACAUCUCACGCGCCGAGCUGAGCUACAACAUCCGCACCGCCGCCGCGCCGCCGCGCUCCCUGCCGCCCGACACCGAGGUCUUCUUCGCCCACCAGCCCCUCGCCGACCCGCGCUCCACCCUCGACCUGCGCCCCUGGAUGGACCAGACGCCCCUGACCCUCCCCUCGCGCACCAGCCUGCACCUCGCCGUCUCCUACUUCCGGAAGCUCGGCCUGCGCUACGUCCUCUUCAGCGACCGUGGCGUCCUCCACGGCCUGCUGACCAAGAAGGACGUCUGGCGCCGCGCCUCCUCGCUCGAGGAGGCGGGGGUCGAGGAGCGCGGGCUGCUGCGCGGCGAGGAUGCGACGACGGAUGACGGAGAGGGCAUGGCCGACGAGGAUAGACGCUCGAUACUGUAG